AUGAGAGUCGUCAUCGUCGGCGGCGGCAUCGCUGGCCUAACUCUAGCCAAUGCACUGGAAAAAGCAGACAUCGACUACGUCCUCCUCGAACGUCGCGGCCUCUUCGACCCCCAAGUCGGCGCCUCCAUCGGCCUGAGCCCGGCGUCCAUCCGCACUUUGGACCAAGUCGGAGCUGCACAGGAGAUCCUCGACGCCACCAAGUCGAUCAAGAGAGGCCGACAUCAUCGCGCGGAUGGUAGCUUGAUCAUGCCCCCGGACGAGAACUUCCCGCUCCUCGAGCGCCGCUUUGGAUAUGGACUUUGCUUUCUGGAUCGUCAGAUUGUGUUGCGUGCGCUGUACAAUGCGAUUGAGGAGAAGGAGAGGUGUCUUUUGAACAAGCGGGUUCGGGAGAUUGAGCAUCUGGAGUUGGGGGUCAAGGUUCAUUGUGAGGAUGGGACGACGUAUGCUGGAGACGUCGUCUUGGGGUGUGAUGGCGUCAACAGCAAAGUCCGCGACGAGAUGUGGCGAAUCGCAAGUCAAGUCGAUCCCACAUACUUCUCGCAGAAAGAGCGAGAAAGGAUGACGGCCGAAUACACCUGUCUCUUCGGCAUCAGCCACCCGCUACCCGGAAUGGAAGAAGGCGACGUCGACCACGUCUACGACAAAGGCCACGCCAUGCUCGUGAUCCACGGCAAGGGAGGGAGGAUCUACUGGUUCUACUUCCAGCGACUGCGCAAACCUGUACACUUCCACAGCGACUCAUUCCCGAAAUACACGGCCAAGGACGCUGAGGACAUGGCUGAGAAGGAGGGUUGGCGGCCGUAUCAUGAUAAGUAUAAGUUGAAGGAUCUUUGGAGGAAUCGGAUUACUUAUACCCUUGUGGCGAUGGAGGAGGCUUUGUUUGAGAAUUGGUCCUAUGGCCGCAUCGCCACGAUGGGCGAUAGCACACACAAGAUGACGGCGAAUCAAGGCUCCGGCGGAAACGCAGCAGUCGAGUCCGUCGCGGCGAUGGCGAACGAACUCAAACGCCUGCAAGAAACCUCCUCUUCCCCUUCAGCCCCUGUUUCAGCAAAAGAAGUCCGCACAGCCUUCGCAGCAUGGAAAGCCAAACGCAAGAACCGCAUCAACUCGACUUGGAAGGACGCCGCGAAGUUCUGUCGAAUGCAAGGCCUGGAGAGUCUCGGUGAUAUCAUCACCGUCUUCUACAUCCUGCCGAAUGCAGCCAACUACAUUACGGCUAUAUACACGAAGUCUCUGAUCGGUGCGGAGGUGCUGGAGUACCUCUCUCUGCCGGAGAGGAGCUUCAGGGGCACUGCGCCGUUUAAUCCUAAGCAGGGUACUGGGCAAGAAGAGAGCACAGUCGUGCGGUGGCUUUUCACGGUGCCAUUGCUGGGGAUGGCCUACUUCGGCUAUCAGAACACGGCCACGCAAGACACAUCACUGGUACAACCCUUCUCAACCCUCUUCGACCCAUCCUCCUCACAAGCCUCCUGGCUCCAAUCCUUCUCCCUCCAACUCACCACCGCCGUGAUGUACUCCAUCUGGCUCAUCGAAUCGAACCGCCGCGCCAACACCCUCACACCCGUGCAAUUCAGCAUCGCUUUCGCCUCGCUCUCCAACAUCUUCGGCCCGGGAUUCAUCGCCCCGAUCUUCUACGCCUUCCACUACCUCUCCAGCCCCAUCGAGAUCUUCGCCCCCUCAGAUAUGCGUCUCACAAACGUCGCUUAUACCCGAACCGUCCUCCCCAUGAUGCUCCUCCAUACUCUCGUCCCUCUCACCCUCCGCCUCACCAACGUCUCAAUCCCCAUGGACAAGACCGCAUGCUGGUGGAACCUCCUCCUCGCGCCCUUCCUCGUUGGCACACUUCAACAUCUCCUCGUCCGCACAAACGUCAGCACCGCAAACAUCUACCAAGAUGCCCUGCACGACCAGAAAAAAGACCUCCCCGCCAUCACCCGCACGCUCUACACCCUCACCGCACUCUCCACGCUAGGUUGGUGGUCGACCUUCCCCACCCUCCACGCAGCGGAAGCCUCUCUCCUCCUGCCCACGGCCGUCUGGCUAGCCCUCCUCUUCACGGAUCUCAAAAGCGCGGGUAUGCUGCGUAGGUCGUGGUUGACUAUCAUCUCCGCCGGCGUUGUGGUCAGUGUGAUAUGUGGUCCUACGACGGCGCUGGGGUUGGGAUGGCUUUGGAGGGAGAAGGUGCUCGCAAACGAGAGGCAUAAGAAUGCGCUUACGAGGGAGAGGUAUGGGGGUGGGAAGACGGUUUGGGAGGUUGAGGGGACGGGUCCGGUGGGGUUUGGCAAGAAGGUGGGGGUGGAUGGGAGUGUGGAUGGGGAGGUGGAAGUGAAUGGACAUGCUAUUGGGGGAUUGAAUGGGCACCUGAAUGGGAGCGCGAAGUAA